CUGGGUACCGGGCGGUGUCCCCGCGGUCCCGCCCCCGGCCAUGGCGGACGGGUGGGCGGCGGGGCGGCUGUGGCGCCUCUGCAACCUCCUCAUGGCCGCUUUCUUCGGGCUGGCGGCCGCCGUGCAGGUGAACGACCCCGACGCCGAGCUGUGGACGGUUGUCUACUUAGUACCAGCUGCCCUGACACUGCUCGUCAGCAUUAACCCUUCGAUAACAGAUCAUGGUGUCUGGAGGAGCCUGUGUGACCUUCAUUCUGCUGGUUGUAUUGUUGGGACCAUUGCUUUGGCUUGCUCGUUGUUUGCUUAUGCUCAAUGGAACAUUUUACACGAAGAGGAAGGCAGAGAGUUGUUUGGUCUGGUGAUUAUUACAAUCUGGAUGAGUCUUUGUCGCAGUUCAGCAAAGAGUCCACUGGCUGGAGCUCGCUUGGCUGCUGCUGUCAUGGUCGCCCUCUUCCCCUUUGUUUCAUGGUUGUACAUUUACAUCAACAAAGAGAUGCGAGCGUCUUGGCCAACACACUGUAAAACAGUGAUGUAAUCGGGUGGAGGGAAGCACACAAUAUGUGUUCUGACCUCAGUUGCCUUUGAUUUUGGUUCUUAAUGAAAGGUGCUGCUUCCAGCAGUGCAGUUUGAGACGUGGUUGAAGAAAAAAUGGAGGAACGCUGUCGAAUCUGAGUGGAGAGUUUUUCUGCGGAAACAGUUGUUCAGCUGGCUUCUUCACACAAUUUCAAAUCGCUACUGAUCUGAUGUGUGUUCUAAUGGUAUAUUCAAAAUAUCCUGGCAUCCCUGGGUCACUCUCAACCACCUCAUACUUUGCGAAAUUUACUAUUAUGUAACAUAAAUGUAAAGCAAGCACUUUGUUUCAAUAAAUGACUAUUUAUGGCCUUAAAACAUCCAGAUAUCUGCCUGGAUAAUCCAUUAAGAGUAACUGAAAAACUGAGCAGUCUGUAUUUCUUUUCCUAUACUAAAAUCAUAUGCAGAACAUAUCAGACGAAAUAUUUUUGCUAUUAUCUUUAAUUGAAAGUUACUGCUUUUACAGAGUAAUAAAUACUGUUUUUCUAAUGAAAA